AUGGCGUUGGCUGGCCGUAUUGCUGUUGUAACUGGAGCUUCGAGAGGAAUCGGUGAGAAAUUUUUUAUUUUCGGUCAAAAUUAAAUAAAUAUUUUGCUUCUAUGACUAUUCUUGUAUACUAUUCACAUGUUGAAAAUUGAUAAUUUUGAUAUUUUCUUAUAAAAAACCCAGAAAAUUAUUUUUCUAUCAUUUCCUUGGGAAUUUUAGAGCGAUCCCUAUAGGGGUGAAAUCAAGGUGGUCCCUAUAUGGAUUUAGGGUCUGACCACUGAGCCCCUGAAGCUCAAGUGGCCCCUAUAGGGAUUUUUCAAUUUCAUUCAAAAAACGCAUAUUUUUCCCAUGGAAAUGCUUCUUCGCUUAGAGUUCAUGACAAUGUUCCCUAUAGGGACCACUUUUGCAAGCUUUGGUGGUCCCUAUAGGGGUUGUUAAAAUGCUCCCUAGAGGGUACUCUCUAAGGGCCCCUCUAGGGACCACUCUGGAGACUAAGAGAAUAGAAAAAUACACCAAAACAAGUUUUGAGGCUACUUUUUCGUCUAGAAAUUCAAAUAUUCCAGGCAAAGGAAUCGCCCUGCAACUCGGCGAAGCCGGCGCCACGGUCUACGUGACCGGUAGAAAACCGGAGAGCAGCGAUAAUACCUCGAAAGGCCUGAGUGGCCUGCAGGAAACCGCCAAAGGUUUUUUAAAUCUUAUUUCAGUGAGGGUGGAAAAAGGCUCCUUUUUUUCGCCAUUUAAUGCACCAUUUUUGCUCCCUUUUUCCACCUUGAGUCUUUAAAAUUCUAGAAAAAAGGGAGAUUCGAUAAUGGGACCCUUUUUGCUGCCUUUUUUCUGCCUUUUUGCGGCCUUUUUGCGACCUUUUUGAGGCCUUUCUGCGGCUUUUUUGCGCCAAUUUUGCAUCCUUUUUGCGACCUUUUUGCGCCAAAUUUACGGCCUUUUCGCACCAUUUCAUAGGCUUUUAUGCACCAUUUUUGCUCCCUUUUUCCACCUUGAGCUUUUAAAAUUCUGGAAAAAUGGAAGGCUCGAUAAUGGGACCUUUUUCGCGUCUUUUUUGAGCCUUUCUGCAGCCUUUCUGCUGCCUUUUUGCUGCCUUUCUGCGGCCUUUCUGCGCCAAUUUUGCUGCCUUUCUGAGGCCUUUUUAUGGCCUUUUUGUUGCCUUUUUGCGACCUUUGUGCGCCCUUUUUUAAACCUUUCUGCGGCUUUUUUGCGCCAAUUUUGCAUCCUUUUUGCGCCAAAUUUACGGCCUUUUCUGAGCCUUGCUGCGUCCUUUUUGCUGCCUUUUUGAGGCCUUUUUGCGCCAAUUUUGCUGCCCUUUUGCGACCUUCCCGUGGCUUUUUUCAAGCCUCUCCUUUUCAGCGGCCAUUAUCCACCAUUUCGAGCAGAAAUUUCAAAAAAAUUCCCUUAUUAAGAAAUCACCGAAAGAGGCGGAAAAGGCAUCGCCGUCUACGUGGACCAUGGCGACAUGGAGGCCGUCCGGGAACUUUUCGAGCAAAUCGACAGGGAAAAUAAUGGACAACUCGAUAUCCUUGUCAACAAUGCCUAUCAGGCCGUUACGGUGAAUAUUUAGGCCUUUUAGGGAUUAAAAUUUGAGAUUUUUGGCCUAAAUUUGCGCUUUUUUCAAAUUUUGGUAAUGGAUCUUUUGAAAGUAAGGUAUACAGAAUUUUAUAAAAAUGCCUGAUUUCAACUAAUUUUAGAGCUAGAUUUCCUAUUUCAAAAAACAGACAUUAUUUUUGUUUUUUUUUGUCAGCAGUGUCUAUCAGGCCGUUACGAGGAAUGAAUUUCCAGGUUUUUUUCAGGGGUAAAAUUCACAUUUAGAGCCGAAAUUUGCGAUUUCUUGCCAAGUUUUGAACUAGAUUUAUUCAAAAAAAUCUUUCUUCAUGAAAAAAAUCAAAUGACUUUAUGAUUUUAUCGUUAACAAUGCUUAUGGGACUGUUACGGUGGUAAUGUUCAGUUUUUUUCAAAAAAAUUUUUUUCUAAGUUUUUCAGCAAAAAAAUUUCCAAUUUUUAGCUGGUUUUUUUAGGGCUAGAUUUUCAAUUCUGAAGAGAAAAAAAUAUCAUUUUUUUCCUAUUUUUUUGUCCGCAACGCUUCUAGGACUAUUUCGGAGGAUAGUUUAAUUUUUUUCAAUGCCCUAAAUUUGUAGAUUUUCAAAGGUUUGACACCAAAAUCUUCGAAUUUUUAAGCUAAUUUUCGAUUCAAAAAAAGAGAAAAAUGACAAUAUUUCUGUUAUUAAUGAUCAUUGGGAUGUUACGGGGAAUAUUUGGAUUUUUUUGAGGUCUUAAAAUUGUAGAUUUCUAAAGAUUUUAAACCAAAACGAUCAAUUUUAACUGGCUUUAGGGCUAGAUUUUCGAUUCAAAAAAGAAAAAAAGUGCCAUUUUUCCUAUUUUUCUUGUCCGCAACGCUUCUCGGACUGUUACGGGGAAUAUUUUGUAUUUUUUGAGACCCUGAAUUCGUAGAUUUUCAAAGGUUUUACACCAAAGUUUUCGAGUAUUGAGCUAAAUUUGAGCCUGGACCUUAAGGUAAAUAUUUUUUUUUUGGCUAAAUCGUCGAUUUUAGGCUAAGUUUGUGGCCGGAUCACCUAAUUUGGAAUGAGAAAAAGCUAUUCUUCUCAAAAAUUAAAGCAAAAUUUUCCAGGCGAUCAUGGAAAGUAGCGGGAUUCCCUUCUACGAACAGGAUCCCUACUUCUGGGACACGGUCAAUAAUGUUGGAUUGAGGUAAAUUUUGAAAUAUUGAUCGGAAAAAAAUCAAGUUUUGAUGUUGAUUUCACUGCAAAAUUGUCGAAUUUUAGAAUUUUUACAUCCAAAAAAAAAUUUUUAGAGCUUUAAGAAACCACGUUACGUCUCCAUAGAACUUUCUAAAGAGAGAGAAAAAUUUUUCAAAAAAAUUCUGAAGGUAUCAAAAAAAUUGUAAAUUUUGCUUGGAACUCUUGAGGAACCAUUAAUUUUGUUUAUUUGAUUUUUCUAGUCGUUUUUCUAAAUUUUUUUCUUCAAUUUUCAGCUUAACAUUCAUUAGAGUUCCUUAAGAAGCCAAUCUAUUUGUUUAAAUGAUUUUUUUCUAGAUUUUUUUAGAUCUAAAAAAAUAAAUUCUCAGACUAUUUUACAUCAAAAAAACCCUCAAGGGACCACUUCAUUUGUUUAUAUAAUUUUUUUAUAGACACUUUUCAAGGUUUUUCAAAAUCUCAAACCAAAAAAAUGACCAUUUUUUUCAUAAGAAACCCUUAAGAAGCCACUUAUGUUGUUUAUAUGAUUUUUUUCUGAACUUUUAAAAAAAUUCUCAGUCCAAAAAAAUGACCUUUUUUUCAUCAGAAACCCUUGAGGGACCACUUAUUUUGUUUAUAUGAUUUUUUUCUGGACAUUCUCUUUAUUUUUGAAAUGAAAUUUUAGGCCCAAAAACCACCAUUUUUUUCAUCGAAAACUCUUAAGGGACCACUUCAUGUUUUGUAUAACUUUUCUGGAUUUUUCAAAAAAUUUUUAGCCUAAAAUGACCAUUUUCCAAUCAAAAACCCUUAAGGAACCACUACUUCUGCUCGGUCUACGGCGCAAAAUUGAUGGUGAAACAGCGAAGUGGUCUUAUCGUCAAUAUCAGUUCGGCUGGCGGAUUGAAGUAAUUAAAAAUUGAUAGAAAAUCGGACAAAACUUAUUUUUUAAAGGUACUUUUUCAACGUGGCCUACGGGGUUGGAAAACAGGCCCUGGACCGUUUGGCGGCUGAUACCGCCGUUGAACUGAAGGUUUGAAUUUUUUUCAAGCGAAAAAUGGUUAUCUUCUCAAGGAUUCUCUUGGGCAGAACAGAAAAAAACAAUUUUUCAAAGAAAAAACACUGGGAAAAUUUUUAGUGGCCACUAUAGGGUUUUGACCUUUUAGUGGUUACUAGAGUAGUCAAAUUAGUGGCCACUAUAGAGGUCUAAGUGCUACUACUAGACCACUUAGUGGCCACUUUAGGGGUAAAUGGAUCAACAUAACUGGUCCAAUCUGUUUCUUUUUAAAAUUAUCAGAGUUACUGGAAGGAAUACUGGAUGAAAAACUACUAAAGUGGCCACUAAAAAGGAAAAUAGUGGCCACUAUAGAGGUGGGUUUAGUGGCCAUUUUAGUCUCCUCUCCAAGAAGUCCAUGGCGAGCCUCUAAAGUGGCCACUAAAAAAUUUCCCAGUUUAAUUUGUCACCUCCUAUAGGGGCCACUAAAGCUCACAAAAGUGGUCCCUAUAGGGGAAAUGCUAAUGGAUAAUUUUUAUGAACUCUAGGCGAAGAAGCAUUUCCAUGCGAAAAACUAAAUAAAUAACCUUUUUUUGAAUCAAUUGAAGAUCCCUAAAGAGACCACUUAAGCUUUGUAAGCUAAGGGGUCCGACUCUAAACCCCUAUAGGGACCCCUUUGAUUUUACCCCUAAAGAGACUACUUUUCCGCCCCUCCAGUAGCUGUUUUUUCCCCUAGCCCCUAUAGGGACCACUCUAAAAUGUCUAAGAAGGGUCUUUAAAAUGUAGUUCUCCGAUCGAAAAGAAAAAAUCUGACCAUAAUUAAAAUAAAAGAAAUUUUUUUAAAGCUUCUUAGCCCUUUUUUGAACUUUUCCCACAUGUUGAAAAGGUUCUAUUUUUUUUGAAAAGUCAUAAAAUUGAAGGAAUUAUCUUGAUUUACAUUGUGGGAAGGUCCUUUUUCUGAAACUUUUUACGAAAAUUCGAAAAAGCUGUCAUUUUUCAAGGCCUAAAAUAGGGUUUUUUGAACUUUAAAGUGAAGAAAAUUGAAUCAAAACGUGUUUUUCCGUUCCAAGCCGAAAAAAAGGACUGAAAUAAGGAUUUCGCAACAAUUAACCUAUUCUCUAACUAUUCAGAAGGACAACAUCACGGUCGUCUCGAUUUGGCCGGGACCCGUCAAGACGGAACUCGUCAAAUCCUACCAGGAAGGCAACGCUAGAAAUGAUAUCGUGAAUUUUUGAACUUGUAUCACGGAAAACUUUUUGUGUGUAGUUUGAUCUUUCGGAAACCUUCUGGAGUUGUAAUGACUGUCAUUUUCGAGACUGUGGCGGGAUUUCAGAUCGCAGACAUAGAGUUUAAUACUAGGGCAAAGUCGGAAUGGUGUGUCAGGGCUGCUAGAAAGGAGAGGCUCAAAAAAGGCUGCAAAAUGGCCGCUAAAAGGUUCCCGUUUUGCGGCCUUUAUUGAGCCUUUCUUUCUUGGUUGGCUAGAAAGCCUCAAAAGGGUGAAAAGGGGUGCAAAAAGGGUCCAAAAAGGGUCAAAAAAGGGUGCUGAAAGUCUCGGUCAUUGAUAACUGACUCGGAAACUGAAGCUUCUGUAAUUUUCUAUCUAAUUUAAUUUAUUUUUGCCAAGGUUCAUCGUAAAAUUGGUUUCAUUGCACAAAAAAUUGAACAUAUUUUUUUUAGAACUGUGAAAAUUGAAGUGAAUCUUUUUUACGACCCUAUUUACGAUAAUUAUGACCCGAUGGGUUGGAUCUUUUGAUUUUUGAGUUUCUAUUUCUUUUGAUGUUUUUCAAAACUGAAGAACAUCGAAUAGAAGGAUAUUAAUGUAGGUCGCGAAACGUAGGACUUUCUGGAUCGGAAGCAAUGAUCGAAACACAUUUCAAAAACGUGAAAAGGUCCUUCCGACAAAAAAACAAACAAACAAACGUUAAUUAAUUGAAAAAAACGUGACCUUGCAAAAAAAUCUGCUUGGUUUUUUUACAUAUUCCAAUGAAUUUUGCUGACAAAAUUGAAGAAAAAUUUAAAUAAAAAAAUUCAAAAAAAGAGGUUUUUCUUCUUUUCCUGAGCGGUAAACGGAUGCAAAAUGGCCGCUAAAAGGUUUCCGUUUUGCGGCCUUUAUUAAGCCUUUUUUCUUGGUGGGCUAAAAAGCAUCACAGAAGGGUGGAGAAAGGGUGCAAAAUAGGUCCAAAAAGGGUCCAAAAAGGGUCCGAAAUGGGUGCAAAAAGGGUCCAAAAAGGGUGCAAAAAGGGUGCAAAAUAGGUCCAAAAGGGUCCAAAAAGGGUCCGAAAUGGGUGCAAAAAGGGUCCAAAAAGGGUGCUGAAAGUCUGGGCCAUUGAUGUAGCACAUUUUGGUGCAUACACAGUCACUGGUAAAGAUUAUUCUCAAUUUAAAAAAUUUUCUCAAAAGGGUCCAAAAAGGAUGAAUAAAUGGUGCGAAACGGGUGCAAAAAGGGUCCAAAAAGGUGCUGAAAGUCUCGGCCAAUUUAUGAUUUCCGAUUUUAUUACUGUAGCACAUUUUGGUUCAUACACCGUCACUUGUAAAGAUCAUUGUCAAUUUGAAAAAUUCUGUUUUUCUCAAAAGGGUCCAAAAAGGAUGCAAAAAGGGUCCAAAAAGGAUGCAAAAAGGGUCCAAAAAGGAUGAAUAAAGGCUGGUGAAAGGACGGAAAAUGGCUGUGAAAAGGAAACCCGUUUAGGAGCCAUUAAUGGAAACCUUUUGAUCUAUAAUGGAUCCUCAAAGGGCCCCUAAAGGGUCCUUCCGACUUUGCCCAUGUAUGUAGGGUUUCGAAAAGAUUGAGCGUAAUAUGAAGAAAGAUUUUUCGUAUCCCUUAUUAAUUAACUAAUUAAGACUUCGGAAAUGUUCUCCCGGGGCGAAUCGACGGAAUACGCCGGCAAGGCCGUCGUCGCCCUCGCCAAAGAUUCCAAACGCCUCAAUAAAACUGGCAAAAUCCUGAUCACCGAGGACUUGGGCUCCGAGUACGGAUUCAAGGAUAUUGAUGGUUCGUUUUUGGGUUUCAAAAAAGAUUCAGGAUCAAAAAUAAAAUCGAUAAAUCUUAAAAUUUCAAUUUUCAAGACUUCUUUUAAAGUUCUAGAUGUAUCAAAGAUUCAUUAUAAAAAAAUAUUGAAUGAAUAUUUUUUUUCAUAACUUCCAAUUCUAGUGAGAGGCUUCAAUACAAAAACUUGGAAGCUAGAAAAAAAUUGUUCACCUCUCAAUUUUCAACUGUUAUAAAUUUGUUGACCUUUGAAAAAAAUAGGAUUUUAAAAAUAAUUUUUUUCUCCAUUAAUACCUGGCUCGAAAUUGUGAUUUUUAUAAGAUUGAAUUUCAGGUUGAAACCCCUUUUUUCUGUUAAAACAUCGUUCGAAAUUGUGCUUUUAGGGGUUCUUUUAGGGUUCAAAUAAGCUUUUGUCAUUGAAACCUUGUUCAAAAUCCUGAUCUUUAAGGUUCUUUCAAGGUUCAAAAUUUUUUUUCUGUCAAAACCUUGCUCAAAAUAAGUGAUUUUAAGGGUCCUUCAAAGUUGAAUUUCAGGUUCAAAAAAAUUUUUUUUUGUUAAAAUAUCGUUCCAAUAUAGUUUCAAGGGGUUCUUUCAAGGUUUAAGUGAGUUUUGGUAAUCGGAACCUUGUAAUUUUUUUAGAGUUAUUUAGAGGUUGAAUUUAAGCUUGAAAUGCGGUUUUUCCAUCAAAACCCUGGCUCAAAAUAAGGAUUUCAGGGAUUUUUUGAAGUUGAAUUUCGUGUUGAAGUAGUAUUUUUUCAUCGAAAAAUUGUCCAAAGUUAAGAUUUUGGGGAUUCUUUUUUUCAACUUCAAAAGUUCUUUUUCUAUUAGGUUUAGGGUUCGUUUAGAGUUGAAUUUCAGGUUCAAAAAAAAUUUUCUGAUGAAAUAUUGUUCGAAAAUGCGGUUUCAGGGGGCUCUUGUAAGAUUCGAACAAGCUUUUGUCAUUAAAAACUCGUUUCAAAAUUUCUAUUUUUGCGGUUUUUUAAAGCUUGAACUUCAGAUUGAAAUAACUUCUUUUCAUAAAGACCCUGGCUCGAAAUUGUGAUUUUAGGGGUUUUUUUAAAGGUUGAAUUUCAGCUCGAAAUGCUUUUUUUGUCAUCAAAACCGAGAUUCCAGGUUCAACGCCGGGCAAUCUGCGAAGCGUCAGUUGGAUAAUCGAGUUUUUCGGGUGGAAAAAGACGGCGUCGCUGAUUCCGUCGUGGGUGAAGCUGCCCGGAUGGGUCAUGUGGGCCGGAACCAGUCGUCUUUAA